CCACAUACUACCAUGGGCGGAUGCCUCGCUUCGCCGCCAAGCGUGGAAGAAGCCGGGGAGGCGCCGAGGUCGCCCUGGUGCUUCGCUUUCCAGGCGCAUCGUGCAAACGGCGAGCGGCCUUACUACCUGCGCUACGACGCGCACGGUGGUGAGGCCGCCGGCUUUGGCAGGUCGCUCCGGCUAAACGGGGAGAGCGUCGCCAGCCCAUACACCAGGUUCUACUUGGAACCGUCCAGGGACAACCCCGGUCUCGUGCACAUCCGAUGCUGCUACGACAAGUACUGGGCGCCGCGGCAGCUCCCGUACGACGGCGGCUGGGUCGUCGCCGGCGCCGCAUACGAGGCGGAGGAGGAUCUGUCCGAGCCGACGUGCACGCUGUUUAGGGCCGUGCGCGUCCCUCCUCUCUCCGUCCGGCUCCUCCACGUCCAACUAGAAAUGUACGCGUGCGUGCCGUCGUGCUCUGGCCCGACGUCCAUGGCGGGGGCUGCCAUCCUGUCCACGCUUAACGGAGACGAAGGCGAUGUCAUCACCACCUUCACCGCUCAUGACCUGUCGCAGCAGUUUGUGCUGCCCAGGCACCUCGCUUUCAGAGGCGACAACGGCAUGUACCUCCGCACUAGGACCUUUGAGCGCCACGCGUACCUGCAGUUCUCAGGGCGCGCCGUCGGAGACGAAGCUGUGGCCAACACCGUCGGCACCAACGACGACGGGACCUUCCGUGUGAUAUCGAACAACGUAGCCAAGUUCUGGAGGCGCAGCCCGAACUGGAUCUGGGCCGACUGCUCCGCCGACGACGCCACGGCGGACGGCGGCGGCGACACCCUGUUCAGGGCGAUCAGAUUGCCAUCCGGAGAAGGUGCCGGCCUCUUCGCGCUCCAGAACCUGGGCAAUGGCUACUUCUGCAAGAGGUUGACCACCGAGGGCAAGAGGAGCUGCCUCAAUGCCGGGACGCCCACCAUCACGGCUGAUGCAAAGGCUGCAACUUGAAGAGCCCGUCGUCUCCCGUGAAAUUUACGACGUCGUGUACGACCUCUCCCAGCCAAGAAUAUACGGCAGAAGCGUCGUCCCCAUGGCCACCGCCUCCGGACUCAACGGCUCCACGUCGAACAACGCCGCCAAGCUUACCCUGGAGUUCAAGGACACGGAGAAGACGACCUGGGGUUCCAGUGUCACGAUGAAGCUUGGUGUCGCAGCCACCACGAUUUGCGCCGGGGUACCGGUGAUUGUAGGAGACGGGACCGUUGAGGUUUCCGAUGAAUUCAGCGGAUUGUACAGCUGGGGAUCGCCGGCCGAGAAGGAGACGACACAGAAGGUCGCCUACGAGGUCACCGUGCCUCCCAAGACGAGGGUGACGGUGACCUCGACGGCGACGAGGGCGUCCUGCGACGUCCCCUUCUCCCACACGCAGAGGGACACCCUGGUUGACGGGCGGCAAGUCACGUACGACAUGGACGAUGGCCUCUACAGUGGUGUCAACUACUACGACUUCAAGUACGUGACAAGCGAAGAAAACAUAUGCAAUGACGAAAACUAGAAGAGUUGCCCAACAAAAAACUGAUGUCCUAGAAUACGUAAUUCGCAGGAUUACUGUUUUAUCGUUGUCGUGGUAAUUUGUAACCUCGAACUGUCGGGGAUGAUAUAAAAUUAUAAAUGGAUAUGGUUUUUACA